AUGACUCCCCGGCCCCUCGCAGCAACACUCUCGGCCGCCGUCAAGGACCAGAUCCUUGACGCGAUCAUGACAACCGUAACCCACAUCCACGACGCCACCGACAUCAUGGCGUUCUGUAAGGUCCUCUUCGGCGAGGCGGAGACUGAGCGUGCGAAUGAGGUCCGCAAAAUCGACGCACAGCAACACUUCGAGAUCGACGGGAGCACGGGCGAAGCUCCCGCUAACCGCUCUUCGGCUCGUGCGUAUGUGCUCCUCGUCGAUGCGGGUGAGGAGCACAAUGCGAGGGAGUGGAGUGGGUUGAUUAUGGGGAAGCAUUUUCAGCGUUUGGAUAUUGAGGCGGAGGUGGAGAAUGUGCGUGGUGGGUUCUAG